CAUGCUCCAUGAGUUAAACGUCUUGCUAGAAGUUCUUGAUUCUAGACGGAUUCUGUGUGCAAGAUGAUGAAGGUUACCAUAUUCCUGGUGGCUGCUGUGUUGAUCUCCAUCCAGUUCACAAGUGCUCAGACAUGUGUAGUUGAUAAUGCAAUUGACCAGAAGAUCAGCGCAUCUGUUACCCGCCAAGUGUCUACAGCUCUAGCGAAGGCUCAGCUGACUUGUAUGAAUGUGAAGUCACGUGGACGACUUGCUACCUGUCCUUCAGGUUUUAAAGUCACUGCCUGUUCCUGUGGAAUGGCUUGUGGUUCCUGGGAUAUUCGAGGUGAACAUGUCUGCCACUGCCAGUGUGCCGUCAUGGACUGGGCAUCUGCCAGAUGUUGCAAAAUGUCGAUCUGAUAAUCCCUCAGCUGCUUGCUGACUCUUGGAUCCAGCUUCUGUAGAUCAAUAAAGGCAUCUGUCCUUUC